AUGGGAGCCAACGACUUGGCCCCUGUCAAGUCCUUCAACCAUGAUUUAGUAUCCGUCCCCCAAAAAGUUUCUAAGGAAUUUGAGUCUGGUUCUUCUUCUCGUCCGUCUACAGAAAAGACACCAAGAAUUGCGGAUGCAUCUGGCAAAGAAGAACAAAAAUACUUGACAGGCGUGAAGCUUUUUUUGGUCGCGGGUGCAGUCACUUUGGCUAUUCCGGUAAUCACGACCAAGUUUCAUUCACUUCAAGAUUUAGGUUGGUAUGGUAGCUCUUAUCAGAUUGCGAGUGCUUGUCUACAGCCUCUCACGGGUAGAAUUUACACCAAUUUCACUUCCAAGUGGACUUUCUUGGUCUUCUUUUUUAUUUUUGAGCUUGGCUCUCUUCUGUGUGGUGUUGCUACAUCAUCAAAGAUGUUGAUCGUCGCCCGAGCGGUUGCUGGAAUAGGCUCUUCUGGACUGAUGAACGGAGCAUUGACCAUCAUCUCAGCAUCUGCGCCUAUGCACAAGGUUCCAGCUCUUUUUGGCAUGAUGAUGGGUGUUUGUCAACUAGGUGUUGCCUUCGGUCCACUAAUUGGAGGUGCUUUUACUGAAUAUACUACUUGGAGAUGGUGCUUCUAUAUCAAUCUUCCUAUUGGCGGCGUGGUUGCGUUGAUGCUCCUCUUUAUCGAAAUUCCUGAUCAGAUCGCCAAGCCAUCAAUCAAAUCAUCAUUUGACACGAUCACGCGAAAACUUGACCUCAUUGGUUUUGUGCUUUUCGCCCCAGCCGCCAUACAGCUCCUUCUUGCCCUUGAAUAUGGGCAGAAUGAAUUUGGGUGGAAAAGCGCAACCGUCAUAGGACUCUUUUGUGGUUCGGGUUGCACUUUUCUCGUCUUUCUGGCCUGGGAGCACCAUCAAGGUGAUAAAGCCAUGAUACCCCUUACCAUGCUAAGACAAAGGGUAAUGUGGUCGAGUUGCUUGGUCAUGAUAACUAUAUUUGCGAUGGUCCUCACUGCUUCAUACUAUCUACCGAUCUACUUCCAGUCAAUCAAGAAUGAAUCGCCAACCAUGAGUGGAGUAUAUAUUCUUCCAAGUGUUUUAUCGCAGCUAGCAUUCGCUGUGAUGUCAGGCCUUCUCAUCGGCAAGCUAGGAUAUUAUCUUCCGUGGGCCAUAUUUUGCGGGGUGGCUACUGCCAUCGGCAACGGACUCCUAACAACACUUUCCCCAAACACUUCCACCGGAAAAUGGGUCGGUUAUCAGAUUCUCAUAGGUGCAGGUCGGGGAGCCGGAUUUCAGAUUCCGCUCAUCGCUAUACAAAACACCCUUUCGCCAAGUCAAAUAUCUGUUGGCAUGGCGAUUCUCAUGUUCACGCAAACACUUUCCGGUGCAGUGUUUCUCACAUUCGCGGAUGUCAUUUUCUCCUCGGGUCUCAAAACACUGAUUCCCCGAGAUGCACCAAAUGCCGACUUGGCCGCUAUUAUUGCCGCAGGCGCCACUGGUAUGCGUGAUGUGGUAUCAGCUGAUGACCUUCCGGGCGUUUUGAAGGCUUACGCGGGGAGUGUCGAUCGCGUUUUCUAUAUGGCUGCUGCGCUCAGCGUCGUUUGCGUGGCUUUUUCGUUUGGAAUGGGAUGGAAGGACAUUCGGAAGAAGAAGGCAUCUGGUGAGAAAGUCUGA